AGGCGGCAGGGGGAGGGCUGAGGACUCAUUGACGGGGACUCAUGGCAAACUGUUCCAGUGGCUGAGCGCCGCUAUGUGCUAAACUCCAGCAUGACCUAAUAUGUUCGCUCCUUUGCUCUCCGCCAUAAGCCAUGGCCAUAGUGACUAUGCACACUAACAGUGCGGGCUCUCUAAUGGCUGCUGAAAGUGGAUUGAGCCCUGUGCAAGGAGAUUAAAGACUGGGACUCUGAGCGCUGACUGGCGGAGAAGAACUGCCCUUUGCUACUCUGGAUCGUGCUCAGUCACUUCUGGCUUAGGGAGUGUCACCCAAGUAGCAGCUUCAAGACGGGGCGAAGAAAAACAAAAGGGGAGAAAGUGUGCCCCCCAAAAAUAUGGCAGAUGGUUUGUUCUGGGGGAGACCUCGCUGGACAGAGCGGGGAGGGGCUGCAAGACUUCUGCUGGGAUGGAGCUUUCUAUUCAUCUGCUGUCAGCAGGGAUGCGCCGCUUCUAGUGACUGGGAUUCAAAAGCUGAGGCCUGGCUGCAGCUCUAUGGAUAUCUUCCUCAGACCAGUCGUCAGAUGUCCACCAUGCGGUCACUACAAAUCCUCUCCUCAGCUAUCUCUGAAAUGCAGCGAUUUUAUGGAAUCCCAGAGACUGGAGAGCUGGACCAGACCACUACAGAAUGGAUGCAGAAACCUCGUUGUGGAGUGCCUGAUCAGUUUGGGACCCGAGUCAAGUCAAAUAUGAGAAGGAAACGGUAUGCUCACACAGGACGCAAAUGGAACCAACAACAUCUCACAUACAGCAUCCAGAAUUACUCUGACAAACUGGGAAUGUACAACUCUGUUGAUGCCAUACGAAAAGCCUUCGAUGUGUGGUCAAAAGCAACCUCGCUGACUUUCAGAGAAGUUCCCUAUGAAUCUGUGCGCCAGCGUCACUCCAGUGCAGACAUCCUGAUCCUUUUUGCCUCUGGUUUCCAUGGUGACAGCUCCCCUUUUGAUGGCCCUGGUGGCUUCUUGGCACAUGCCUAUUUUCCUGGCCCUGGCAUGGGAGGGGAUGCCCAUUUUGACUUGGAGGAGCCAUGGACUGUAGAAAACAUGGAUCUGGCAGGGAAUCACCUGUUUCUAGUAGCUGUACAUGAGCUGGGACACUCUCUAGGGCUGGAACAUUCAAAUAACCCUUCAGCCAUCAUGGCUCCUUUCUACCAGUGGAUGGAUACUGAAGAAUUCCAGUUGCCUGAGGACGAUAGACGUGGAAUACAGCAGUUGUAUGGACCUCCAGUGGAUCAGAUUCCAAGCACCCUGUCUCCAUUACCAACCCCAGGCAAACCUGAAAUACCUGAAAAAAGACCCCCUAAACCUCCUCCAAGAGGUAAACCAGAGCGACCUGGUAAUGCACCUCCUCCUCCUCGCAGUCCCUCCAAUCCUGACCAGUAUGGACCCAACAUUUGUGAGGGCAACUUUGAUGCUGUCAGUGUUCUUCGAGGAGAGAUGUUUGUGUUUAAGGGUGCCUGGUUUUGGAGGGUACGACACAACAGAGUCCUGGAUAACUACCCCAUGCCAAUUGGUCACUUCUGGAGAGGACUGCCUCCUAACAUUACUGCUGCCUACGAGAGACAUGAUGGGAAAUUUGUCUUCUUUAAAGGAGAGAAGUACUGGCUGUUCCGAGAGGCCCAUCUGGAAACUGGUUACCCGCAGCCGCUGACCAGCUUUGGAUAUGGGAUCCCUUAUGACCGAAUUGAUACAGCCAUAUUUUGGGAGCCUACAGGACACACAUACCUCUUCCGGGGAGACAAAUACUGGCGUUUCAAUGAGGAGUCCCGUUCUGCAGAUGUCGGUUACCCGAAACCCAUUACAGUCUGGGCUGGUAUCCCUGACACCCCCAAAGGGGCCUUCUUGAGCUCUGACUCAACUUACACCUACUUCUACAAAGGUGCCAAAUACUGGAAGUUUGAUAACCAGCGGCUAAAGACAGAGCCAGGAUACCCUAAAUCCAUACUGAGAGACUUUAUGGGCUGCCAAGAAGAAGUUUUUCAGGAUCCAGAUGUUGUUCCACGAUGGCCAGAUGUUGAACGUCCCCCAUUUAAUCCUGAUGUUGAGUCAGAGGAUAAAGAUGACAAAGACAGUGACAGUGCUGGACGGGAGGACCCAAACACUGGACGUGAUGUGGACGUUGUGGUCCAUAUUGAUGAGUACACACGGGCCGUUAGUGUUGCCAUGGUAAUUGUGCCACUACUACUACUACUGUGCAUUCUGGGACUUAUUUAUGUUAUUGUGCAGAUGCACCGGAAAGGACCCCCUAAAGCCUUACGAUACUGUAAACGUUCUUUACAGGAAUGGGUCUGAUUUUUGUUUUUUAUGGCUGCCAUUUUUACCUCUCACAUCCACCUUUUUCCUUUGUUCCCACUUUAUUUUUCUAUUCACAACUCAUUUUGUGUGGUGUUAACAUGGGGGAGGCGGCAUUAAUGUUAAUAUUUGUCCAGCCCCCUCCUAAGUUUCCAUUCCGCUGUUUCUUGACUAUGUGGGCAAAAGAAGGAAUAUUGCAUUUUCAGACACUUUAAAGGGUGCUUCAUAUUUCCUGAUGUUCGUAUCAGAUUCAUUGGUCCACCUUUGUGAUGCAGAGAUGAUUUACUCAGAAAACUUUGCAUCGUGUAGUUGAGCCUCCAAGCAUUGAGCAUUCUGUUGGUCAUCUUUAUGCUGAUGCUCAAUGGCAGGGAAUUAAUGACCCUGUUAGUUGGUUAUUCUAUAGCCCUAGCACUGCGUGGAUACAGUUGAAUGUUUCUCUAGCAUUUAGAAUGUUGAAUAUUUAUACCAUGUAUUUUGCACUGGAGUCUGGAGAUAUCCAAGGGUGGGUGCAGAUCUGCAAAGGAAUACACAGACCUUAAAUGGACAGAAAAUAAAAAUACUGAUUCUACCUGCACUCUGGCUGCUCAGUUAUCAUUAAAGGUACAUCAAAACUAGGUAAUAUCUAAGCCUGGCAUGAAAGGGUCGUGUUGCCUUAAUCACCUAUGAUGAUCCCUGUGCCGUUCACAUGAGAGGCAGAGUCUCAAAAAGAGCCGAGAUUGAGAUCUGUUUCUUUGGGUAUUGAAGGGAGAGCGUUGUUCCUGUGGAAUGCCGGUAUUAGUAAGUUAAUAAGGAGAUGCUUUCUUGCACUCGUAUUGCUCAUAUCGGGCUGUGCCCAUGAAGUUUAUGGUCUUAGUUUCUUCAGUCUCUGUACAGUAGAUGUUCACCCAGAUGUUUUAAAAAUGUGUUUGUUUUUAUUAAAGAUUUUUGUAACAGUG